UUCAUCCAAACUUUCAAACAUCAAAACAUAUUAUAAUUCUUUCCAACUUUUAAUUUAAACACCCAAUCAAGCAUAUCUAAAAUGGCCACCAAAAUUAUUAGGUCAUCAGGCGCAGCUCUUUUUCUUGCAUUGAACUUAGUUUUGUUAUUCAAUGUAGGGUUUUCAACUUACAUUAUUCCACCCCCGAUCGAAACGUGCCCACCAGACACACUCAAGUUAAGCGUAUGCGCAGAUGUGCUUGAUCUGGUGCACCUUCGUGUGGGAUCACCCAAGAAGGAAUGUUGUGAGUUAAUCGGUAAUCUAAUUAAGGCAGAUGCAGCAGCAUGCCUUUGCACGGCAAUUCAUGCAAACAUAUUAGACAUAGUUAAGCUUAAUCUUCACGUUGAUCUUUCUCUUCUUGUUAACCGUUGUGAUUGUAAGCUUCCAUCCGGCUUCAAAUGUGCUCCUCACGCUUAAUUAUUUUCGAUCUUUGAUUAUUCAUUCCUAAAAAAAUUCACUAUUUUAUGUUUGUUCGUUUUAAUUAAUUUUUAUGUCAUUAUAUAUCCUUCAUUUUUAUAUCUUACAAAAUGAGGGCGAGUACGUUGCUGAAUUGUGUCUUUCUUAUUGUGUCUUUCUUAUAUGAUUUAAUCGGGUGUUCAUUGAUAUGUGAUUUGUAAGAGAUUAAUAAAGAUGGUGUUUGUUAUG